AUGGGCCGGCGCGGUCAGGGCCGCGGCGGUGGCGCCGGCGUUGCGGCGGGUGGUGGCGACGGACGGCACGACAACAGGGGCGGGCCAGUCUCGCAGUUGGAAGACCUGAUGCGACGUCGCGGCGUCGACCAGGCCUGGGAGGCUUUGCAAGAGAUGAUGCGGGCCGGUCUGCCGGCGGACCGGUUCACAGUGUCCCGGAUGCUAAUGCGCACGCUUGCCGACGGGCGGAGGAGCUGGGAUCCAGCAAAAAUCAACCGGUCGGUCGCGCUCGUCGAGCAAUUUGUGCAGAUGCAGCCGCAAGAGGCAGACGAGGUGCUUUUCAAUGCGAUUUUAGACACGCACUCACGCACGAAGGACAUCGCCAAACUGGAGACCACGUUUCAGCGCAUGAAGGACCUGGGCGUGGAGCCCUCCCACGUGACGCUGGGAAUCCUCGUCAAGGCGUAUGGCCAGGUCUGCGACAUUAAGAAGGUUGUGCAGCUUUGGGACGAGAUGGUCGAGCAGCGAGAGCAGGCAAAUGCCGUCACCUAUGGCUGCAUGAUCAAUGCUUGCGUGAAGUGCAGCCAGACGGAGAAGGCCCUUUCCAUUUUUCGUGAUAUGCAGAAGCGCCACAAGCAGUGCAACACAAUUCUCUACACGACGCUCAUCAAGGGCUACGGGAACGAGAAGGAUCUCAACACUGCCAUUAUGCUUUUUCGCGAGAUGCGGGAGGAAGGUGUUCCUUACAACACCAUUGCCUACAACUCCAUCAUCGACGUCUGCAUAAAAUGCGCAGAAGUUGCAAAAGCGGAGGAAUUCUUCCAGGAAAUGAUGUCCGAGGGCAGCGUUGUGCAGCCGGACCUCAUCACCUAUUCUACGCUGCUGAAGGGCUACUGCCAGGUCGGAGACUUGGACAAGGCACUCCAAGUGGCGGCCACCAUCAAGGCAUGUGGGAUGCAGUGUGACGAGCUGGUCUACAACACCUUGAUGGAUGGGUGCGUGAAGGCCAACGACCUCUCUGCUGGCGUUGGGCUCUUUGCAGAGAUGGCCUCGGCCGGCAUGAAGCCUUCCUCUAUCACCCAUAGCAUCUUUUUGCGGCUGUACCAACGCAACGGCUACAAGGGAAACGCGCUCGAUGCAGUGGCGCAGCUGUACCAGCACCAUGGCCUGGAGAAACCUUCGGGGAUGGUCGAGAAGGCAAGCAAGGCCGCUGCACGACGGGAGAACCGUGCCAAAGGCUCCAAGAACCGGGGCAACCCCAAGCCCUUGCGUGCCAGGGGCCCCAAGCAGGGCAAUGAGGGAGGAAGCGGCACGAGCCCACCCAUGCCCCUUCCUGUCGGCAGCACGCAGGGCGCACAGGGCGGACAGGGCGCGCAGGGUGGUUGGCAGAGGCCUGCCUACACGCCUUCAGUCGACGCAUCGCAGCGGCUGCUGGGGCCGGGCUACAUGAUCUCGGUUCAGACUCCAGGACCUGGCUCUGCUGAGAACGUCAACUACGGCAUCCCGAGCCGCCCAGCAACCUUUGCAGGGAUGGCUUUGGAGGAUCUCAGUGGAUACCCGCAGGCGGGCCAUGGCCACCUCGGCCCAGGGCCUGGCCAUGCCCACGCCAUGCCAUUGCAGCAGCCCCAUGCCUGGCAGCCUCCUGCCCAUCCGUCGCAGCACCACCCGCACCACCAGCACCACCAGCACCAGCAGCACCAGCAGCAACAUCAGCAGCACCAUCAGCACCACCAGCACCAGCCCCACGCUGGUGCUUACAUGCAGCCUCAGCCGGGUCCUUGCCACCCUUGCGGGCCAGGUCCCUGCAUGAUGCCCACGCACCCCGCGCACCCCGCGCACCCCCCGCACCCCGGCCCUGUGCCGAGCCAAAUGGGCCCACAAGGCCCACAAGGCCCCAUGUCCUUUCAAGCCGAGAGGGCUCCUGGGCGGCCAGUCCACUAUGGUGACCCGGCGCAGGCACAGGAUAUGGCUAUGGGCAAUUUUGUCAGCCAGCCUCCUCCCCGCGGUCGGCAGCUGGGCCGCGAGCCAGCCGACGACUUUCGGGAAUGGUCGCCCGGCCAGGACGACUUCAUUGCUCACCUGAUGCGGUGA